CGGGCGCGGGGCUCGGCCACUCGUAGCGGGCGCGGGGCGCGGCGAGGUUCCCGGCUCGUCUUCUUCCGCGCCGCCUCUCUGCUGUCAAUGCGCGCUGCUGCGGCCCCCACCCGGGAGCGCGUCGCCGCGGCUCGGAGAUCGACUGCUUGAUGAACUGCAGCUGAAACACUGAACGGCUCACACUUAUGUCCCUGGAGAUGGAGCCCAAAGCUAACAAUCUUGUCUUUGCGUGUCAGCGAAGCUCAACAUCAGAUGACGACUCUGGCUGUGCCCUGGAAGAAUAUGCCUGGGUCCCACCAGGCCUCAGACCAGAGCAGGUACAGCUGUAUUUUGCCUGCCUGCCAGAGGAGAAGGUCCCUUAUGUUAACAGCCCCGGAGAGAAGCACAGGAUUAAACAACUUCUCUAUCAGCUGCCACCCCACGAUAAUGAGGUGAGAUACUGCCAGUCCUUAAGCGAAGAAGAAAAGAAAGAACUGCAGAUGUUCAGUUCUCAGCGCAAAAAAGAGGCACUGGGACGAGGCACUAUUAAACUCCUCUCGAGAGCAGUGAUGCAUGCAGUCUGUGAACAGUGUGGUACAAAAAUAAAUGGCGGUGAAGUUGCAGUUUUUGCCUCGAGAGCUGGCCCUGGUGUGUGCUGGCAUCCAUCAUGCUUUGUGUGCUUCACGUGUAAUGAGCUCCUCGUUGACCUCAUCUACUUCUACCAAGAUGGAAAAAUUCACUGCGGCAGACACCAUGCUGAACUACUUAAGCCUCGAUGCUCAGCCUGCGAUGAGAUAAUUUUUGCUGAUGAGUGUACAGAAGCUGAAGGCCGCCACUGGCACAUGAAACACUUCUGUUGCCUCGAGUGUGAAACAAUCCUGGGUGGGCAGAGAUACAUCAUGAAGGAUGGGCGCCCAUUCUGCUGUAGCUGUUUUGAAUCUCUUUAUGCAGAAUACUGUGAGACCUGUGGGGAGCACAUUGGUGUUGACCAUGCUCAGAUGACCUAUGAUGGACAGCACUGGCACGCUACAGAGACUUGCUUUUCUUGUGCUCAGUGCAAGACCUCUUUGCUUGGCUGCCCUUUCCUUCCAAAGCAAGGGCAGAUCUACUGUUCAAAAACCUGCAGCUUGGGUGAAGAUGUUCACGCCUCCGAUUCCUCUGAUUCAGCAUUCCAGUCUGCUCGAUCGAGAGAUUCCAGGAGGAGCAUUCGCAUGGGAAAAAGCAGCCGCUCGGCUGACCAGUGCCGCCAGUCUCUCCUCCUGUCCCCAGCCCUCAAUUAUAAAUUUCCUGGUCUUUCAGGCAAUGCUGACGAUACGCUUUCUCGUAAGCUGGAUGAUUUAAGCCUUUCAAGGCAAGAGGCAAGCUUUGUUAACGAAGACUUCUGGAAAGGAAGGGUAGAGCAAGAAAUGCCUGAAGACCCUGAAGAAUGGGCUGAACAUGAAGACUACAUGACUCAACUUCUUCUGAAGUUUGGUGACAAAAGCCUUUUCCAGCAACCUGCUGAAGUAGAGAUUAGAUCAAGUGAGCACUGGAUUUCUGAUAGCAUGGUCAAGAGCAAGUUGGACUUGAAAAAAAAUAACCCAAGCCUAGCAAGUAAGAAAUAUCAAUCAGACAUGUACUGGGCCCAGUCGCAAGAUGGUUUGGGUGACUCUGCGUAUGGCAGCCAUCCAGGCCCUGCCAGCAGCAGAAAAAUCCAGGAGCUGGAGUUGGAACAUGGGGCAUCAGGAUACAAACAUGACCAGACACCUUGGUAUGGAGGUUCGCUUGAAUGUUUGUCUGAUCUGAAGCAGCAAGAACAAAGCGUUCGGGACUCGAUGGAUUCCUUGGCUUUGUCAAACAUAACAGGGGCGUCAAUGGAUGGAGAAGGCAAGCCACGGCCAUCUCUCUAUUCUUUGCAAACUUUCCAAGAACUGGAGGUAGAGGACUGUGAGAAGAUGAGCAACAUGGGAACUCUGAACUCUUCAAUGCUCCAUCGGAGCACAGAGUCUUUGAAGAGUCUGAGCUCAGAGCUGUGCCAGGAAAAAGCAUUACCAGAGGAAAAGCCAGCGCAUGUGCCUGUACUGAGAAGAUCUAAAUCCCAGUCUAGACCACAGCAAGUCAAGUUUUCAGAUGAUGUUAUUGAUAAUGGAAGCUACGAGAACGUUGAAAUUCGACAACCUCCAAUGAGUGAACGGACUCGUAGGCGCGUUUAUCAUUUUGAAGAACGUGGAAAUCGACCUUCUCAUCACCGCAGAAGAAGUAGGAAAUCUCGUUCAGACAAUGCACUUAAUUUGGCCACAGAAAGAAGAUACUCUCCAAAAGAGAGGUUUCGUUAUUACUCGCCUCAGGAUCAUGACAAAUUUAUUCAAAAUAAAAGCUCACGUGAGUUUCGGGCCUAUAUUCAAAAUGCAGAGCUGUACGGCCAGUAUGCCCAUACUAGUUCUGAUUAUGCACUGAGGAAUCAGGCGGUUGAUAAAUUUUUUGGAUUAUAUGGUGAGGAAGAUGACUCCUGGUGCUCAACUUCAUCCUCGUCAUCAGAUUCUGAAGAGGAAGGGUAUUUCCUCGGACAGCCAAUUCCGCAGCCACGGUCACUGAGAUACCCGUACUACACAGAUGACCUUUCUGGUCCAACUAAUGCGUUAUCUAGUUCUCAGUUCGGACAAAGGACAACCAAAUCAAAGAAGAAGAAGAGGGGACACAAAGGGAAAAAUUGCAUCAUUUCUUAACUUGUUUUAACAGUGGGGAAGACCAGUCAACUCUAGCAACAGUUUGAACCACAUCUUUUUAUAUUAAUAAUUGUACUUAGGCAAGUUGCUGAGGUUCUUAAUGCUUUGCCAGUUUAACUGAUAACCCAUUCAGUUUACGUUGUGAAAGUAAAGUAACAUUGAGAAAUGUCACAAUGCCAAACGAUGAUCUGUUCAGAUUUCGCUAGGUUUACAUACUGUGUUUCAGCUGUCAAAAUAUUGUUGCUGCGUUCUUGAUACAGACUUCUGUAGACUUUACUUUACGCUCUCUAUUCACCCACAUUCAGUUACCUGAGAGAGAGGAUUCGGUGAAGAUCAAUAAAUAAAACUGUCAGACCUGUACUGUAGCUGUACAUACCCGUACGUGGUGAUACUCAACUUCUCUCCAUCAAACAGAGGGCUACAGACAGCGCCCUCUCCUCAUCGAUAGAACUCAUUCUUCCUCUUUGAUGUUUCCCUACAAAAACUGGAAUUAUUAUUAUUAUUUUUUUUUUAACUGACUUAGGAAGAAGCUGCUUUUCCAUAGAUUCCCCCAUUAAGGUGUGAAAAAUCGGACUGUGGGAGCUGAAAUGCUUGAGGCCUUGAUGCAUCCUAAAGCAGCAGUAAAGGGUUUACAUGUUUAACUUCUAUGUUUUUCCUUCCAGUUUUUGUUGUUUUUUAAAAUAACUCCAUCCUGUGUUGGUUUGGUUUUUUUUUGUGCCUGUUAAAAGGAAGAUAUUAAUUCAGCUGUUGGAAUUGGACUUGACUGCCAGUGAGCAGUGAUGGCUUUUAUGUCAUUUCCUCCGCAACAAAGCACUGAAAGAGAAAGGUACAAAUGGUGGGAUCCUUUGCUCAGGCACAUAACCCCAUUUAAGUCAAUGAAUCUACUUACAUAACAAACAGUUUCAUAAGGGCUUAAAGGAUUAGGCUCCAAAAUUCUGUCUUUUCAAAUGUAUUAUCCAGGUUUUAAAACGUAUUAGUUGCAAUUCUAAAUCAAAAAAAUUGCUAUUUAUGACGUAGUAUUUCAUAGGCUUAAAUGUAUUCAUAAUUUAACAGUGCAAAUACGAAUGUACAUAUUGUACAGUUAAGAUUUUUAAAAGCUGAAUAUUUUUAUAUCCCUGAAUUUGAAGAAGUUUGUUACGAUAUCGAACUAGAUUUGUUAGGGGUUUAACAGCAGCAUUAUGGAUGAAAUAGUGCUUGUAUUUUAGUCAGGGAGUUUAAAAAUAUUGAAAAAUGUUUAGUGCAAAACAGCUUAAUUUUGUCUACUAGGUAUUGAAAGCUCUGUAUGCAUGGUGGGGCUCUGUAAAUACUCUCCAAACUAUGGCCCUCUUAAUCUUGCAAGUGUUAUUUAUGGGUCAAGCAAAAUGUAAACUAUAUAAAUGUAAAAACCACACAAGCCUGGAAUAUAUCAGUACAACAAAUACCCAA